AUGGGGCACCAACUGGUCGCCUCGCCCUCGAGUCCACGAUCCCAAGCGCCGCUGCUGUCGUCGUCGUGGGACGGCAAGUGCCAUUGCUGCCGCAAACUCAUGUCGCGCUGCAGCUGCUAUCACGAAACGGAGAGCGACGUGGAAGCGAUGGACCGCCGCGGGCGGGAGGCCGCUCACGUGCUGAUUGACGCUACGGAGCCACGGCCUCUCUGGAAUGCACUGCGGAAGAUGCACCGCAGGUCCACUGUGACGCAUCGGCACAAGUCGUUGAGUUCUGUCCUACUGUCGGCCUCAUCGGGUGGUACGUCGAAGGAAAAAGACCAUAGAACGAGUCGUGCAGCACUGCCACCUCUGAGUGUUCCUCCUCCUGCGCCUGCAACGUCCAGUUGCUGGUCCCAACACGUCCAUCGGCGCUCAGAAGCGCGUUCUCGUCCAAGCACUCGACGCCAUAAGACGGAAUUGAGCCGUGACCGGUCUCGUGAUUGUUCGACAAGGAGCCACAAGGAGAAGCUGCAGCAUGGCAGCAUCCCGACUUGUGCUACUUCUACCAGCACGAGCAGCAGGUAUCAAGUCACCAGGGAGACGAGCAAAGAGGUCGGCGUUUCUUGCUCCAUGCGGUCGACGAAUGGCACUGAUAUGGACUUGACGAGCAGCGUCUGUUACCCGAAGGAGAAGUUUUACGAUGGACCAGAAGAUGAGAUCGAGCCCAGCAGUGGGAGUGUGGAUGGAACUGUAUGGGAGCUGUAA